UAUUGCCAAAUUUUUUCGUUGUUCUAACGUCCUCGAUAAUAUACGAAUACUUUUUUUAUUAUUAAUCUAAAAACGAAACAUUUAAUCCGAAAUAUGAGUUUACAAAAGACUUUCAUCAUUUUUACCAUUGCCUGCAUGGCCUUGGCAAUGGCAAAGACCCAACGCUUCAAUGGAAUCCUCCCCGAGCGCAGUAUUCUGAAUUUCAUGGCAAGUUCCAGUCGAACCCUUCAAGGAAAUCCCACACGAUCAUUGGAAUGCUUUGAUUAUUAUAUUCCUAUCAUCGAUGACACGGCUCAACAAUAUCAAUGGGAUUUGGGCAAUUGUACUGAAGCCUUUGAGAAUGCUCAACAGGCGGCUUUCCAAGCAUCAGCUGAUCAACGAAAUCAAUUGGCUAAGACAGUUAAUGAUUCCUGUGCAAUUCUAAUUGAAUGUGAGAAUGCAGCCACAGCUGAAGAUGUCUACCAAUGCUAUAUAAAUCAGGGUCCUACUGAGGCAAAAACCUUGUAUACUGUUUCAAUCGAUGCCACUUCCCAGUAUGCAACUCUAGAAGAGAAAAUCCGCCAAGCGCAGAGUGUAGCAGAUAUGUGUUACAAUAAGGCCAAAGUAACCUACGAAAAGGAUUCGACCCAAGCCUAUGCUGAAUUGAAUUCGUGCAUUUUGAAUGAUACUCCCAUCCCAACUACUGCAGCACCUUCUACCACAGUAUCAACGUCAUCAACUUCAGAGGUUACAGACACUUCGUCAGAGUCUACACCCGCUACCCCCAGUGACAUCAAACCUGAAGAAGACAUUUUCAAAGGCUUUCCCCGUUUUCUGAAAUUCUAAGAAAAAGCAUAAAGCAAUAAUUUUUUGAAGAAUAUCCAAUUAAUUUAUUUGAAUUUUAAAUAAAAAAGUUAAAAUAAAAAAUUUAACUGU